AGAUAAUUACGUCACUAGUUGUAACGUCGUCGGAAGUGACGUUGAAACUUUAAAGUUUUGUGUGAUGUUUGGGGAUCGUGUCGUCUGUUGACUUUUGGGGUUUAUUUUUUUGAUGGAAUUUGGGAAAUUAUGUGAGUUAGUAUAGGAAAGUUAUGUUUAGUCGACUCGCUAACGUUAUUUAUAAUGCGGUGGAUGCUUUGGCUCCACCGUUACCUCUUCACGAAGAAUUCGUUUGGCAUUGGAAUGCCAUCACCAAAUUUUAUACGGAGAAAACCUCGUCUGGAAAGAUACCCAUUGAAUCCACGAAUUUGCCAGAUCAUUUUAAUCAAAUGUCAGCUGUAUUAGAACAAGAAGAAGAAGAAUCAGAAAGUGGCAGUAUGGGACUUUGUAUGGAAUAUCUGCUUCAGCAUAAAGUAUUAGAGACUGUAGCUGUUUUAGCUAGAGCAGACACUCCUCCUGGUAUGAAAAGAUAUGUAUUGAUGUUUGUUGGACAGCUGCUGUCUAAUUCUAAACAUUCGCUGUUACCUCAGAUAAAUGUUUGUACUCCUGUUCAAAAGCUGAUAAAAUUAUGCGGAGAAGUAAUGGCUGCUCCAUCUGAAAGAGAAGAAAUUGCUUUUCUAGAUACCAUCUGUACUAAACUUCAAGAAAAUCCUUAUUUGGCUAAUUGUUUCCUAUCUGAUGCAUCUAUUAAAUCGUUAAAGGAUAAGAAAAAAUCUGAAGAAUGUUCGAGUAAUGAAGACAGUAUGGAAUAUCCUCUUGUUAAAUCUUUGCUUUCUUUAUUAAGUAGUCCCGAUAGUGAAGUGUCGACUAAGGCUGGAAAUUGUCUUAUUCUUUGCACGUCAGUAGCAAAUGAUGCUGUUGCAAUGGUUAUAAUUAAGCAUACUGUAUGUUGUCAAGAAAUAAUCAACCGAUUGACUCUUCUUUAUGCUGGUAUACCUAAAACUUUAAAACCAAUAGAUGUUGAUGAUGCUUUUGCAAAAUGGAAUCAUGAUUUAACACCUAUUGUUUCAGAUGCUCAAAUAUCUCCUGGAAAAAGAAGAUUGCUUUGUUUUCUUAAAUGGUUAGAUUUUGUAGACUGUUUAACCCAGCAAUCUCAUCCUCUUAUUGGUGAUACUUUAGCUACCUCUUUUCAGUCAGAUUUUCUUGAAGCAAUAUUAUAUCCUGAUAUAACUGAAGAUGAUGAUAAAGACAUUGCUCUCUUAAUGACAACAGUAGUAUCCUGUUGCCUUAGACAUAUAUCUUCUCCAAAACUUGUAAAUUCUUUUGGAGUAUUUUUGCUAGGAGACACAGUUGAGCCAGACAUUCCAGGAUAUACAGGACACUUACUGAAACAUUUAUUAAUAGAGAGAUGCCAAAAUAGCAGUAGAUGCCCUCAAUUAGGAUUGGCAACAUUACAGUUAUUUGAUGAAUUAUUACAUAAGCCAACAGAAAAAAUAAUUAACAAUUUGAUUUUAAAUAAUCUUAAAGAAAGGAAUUAUUAUGACUUUACUGCAGGUGAUAGCUAUUUUGAUUUCAGUGAUGAUGAAGAAAGUGCACAUGGAAGAAGUUUAUAUGAUGAUGAUGAGAUAUCACCUGGUUCUUCACCAGUAAAUCGAGCUUUUGCACCAACACACAUACACAGAAUAUUAAAUUGUUUCUUAUUACUUUUGCCUGAUGAAAUUAAAUCUUGUGAUGCAGAAGAUGAUUCUGGAUAUGAUACAUAUAUCAAUGAUGCUCAUAGACAGUUUCAAGAAUGUUUAAUGCUUUGUGAACAAUGGGAUUGGCCUCAAGAAUUAGCUCAAGAGAAAAAUACAGUUGAAGAUGAUUCAAGUUCUGAUUCACAACCUGAAGCAGAUUCUACGUCAUAUUUUUACGAAGGAGAUUUUUUAAGUAUGAUUUUUGAUAAAUUAGAACAUAUGCUUGAGCAGCCAUAUGAAGUAAAUCUUCAAAUAACCUCUCUUGUAUCUCGUAUAGCAUUGUUUCCGCAUCCUAAUCUUCAUGAAUAUUUAUUAAAUCCAUUAAUACCGUUAACAGGCUGUAGAUCUCUUUUCACAGUGUUGCUAAAAGUCGUAGAAGAUAUCCAGGUUAAUAUUCGUAAAACUGUAAAUUUUAAGAAAAAACUAAGAUUAACCAGAAGAGCAUUGUUAAGUGAAGCUGCAGAAUAUAGCAGUUUUGAAGAUGCAAAUAUUUUAGAGGCAUUGAUUGUCAUCGAAGAAUUCUGUAAAGAACUUGCUGCAAUUGCUUUUGUAAAGUAUCAUGCAUCAUCAUAGUCCUGUACAAAAUUUUUAUUGUUUCCUAUUUUCUAGUCUUUUUGGCUUAUUUUAUCCAAAUUAUAAUUCAUACUGGUCAUUAUUGUCAAUGUUAUCUAUUUUUAGUGCCAUAUUAUUUCUCACGAUACAAAUUUAUAUAAGGAUAUAUUGUUUUAAAAAUGUUCAUAUACCUAUUAAAAUAAGUUAUAAGUUUAUUACUUUAAAAUAUUGGAACAUGUGGAUUGUUAUUGCUACUACAACUAUAAAAUGCUUUAGUGCAUUUAUUUUAUGUUUUAUUAAUAUAUAAACCAGCAUCUGGAUAUAUUUGGAGUGAUGCAUUUUAUUUUUCUAGUAAAUGUUUAAUCUGCACAGUUCAACUAUGGUAACAUUCUGUACACUAUGGUAAUUCUUUAAAUUGAUAAAUUAGAUAAGCUGGGAUUGUUCUACAAACUUUUGAAAAUGUUUGAUUUAUUCAACAUUGACACAUUUGUUAAAAUUAUCUCAUUUUUCUUCUAUUUUCCUUUUAAUUUUAAAGAUUUAUCUAAAUUUUUCAAGUUGAAAUAAAUUUCAAAUUAUUAAUUAAUAUUGUGCUAUCACUUGUCAGUUAUUAAUUUUCUAUUCUAUUCUUGAUCAUUGGAACUCUUGCAAACUACACAGAUUUAAUGCAUUAUUACUAUAUUGCAAAGAUGGCAAAACAUAUUUUCUUGGUACCGUAAUUGUGAAAUUUUAAAAAUGUACAAGUAUAAAAUCUGUGCAAUGAAUUGUGAUAUUUUAUAUUUCCAAAUUUGUACAGCACAAAAUUAAAAGUGUAAAAUUAUUUAGU